AUGCUACACCGUUUAUAAAAGAAGAACAAACCUACCAACUAAAUUAGCAUCAAGGUCGGAAAAUAUGGCAAGUAAAGCUUUUUGGAUUUUCUUGCAAAUCUUUUUCUUUCAAUUUGUUACUUCAGAAUAUGGUUUUACUUACAAUGGGUUCCUCCAUGCAAACAUGAGCCUAUCAGGAGCUUCACGCGUAACCUCCAACGGCAUUCUAGAGUUAACUAAUGAUACUUGUAAGAUCCUCGGUCAUUCAUUCUAUCCGCAUCCUCUGCCAUUCAAGGAGAAUUCAACCUAUUCUUUCGUUUUCUCUUUUGCCACCACAUUUAUAUUCUCAGCUAUACCUAAGUACCCUGGACUAGGAGGUCAUGGACUGGCAUUUGUAAUUUCGUCAACUAAAGAACCCAAGAAUUCUCUUCGAAACCAGUACUUAGGUCUUCCAAACGAGACGAGCAUUGCUGAAUUCUCAACUCGGAUAGUUGGUGUGGAGUUUGAUACUGUUCAAAGUCUUGAUCUUAAUGACAUCAAUGAUAAUCACGUUGGGAUAGAUAUAGGAAGCUUGGUCUCUAAUGUAUCCGAACCUGCAAAAUAUUUCGACGGACAUAAUAACAAAUCUGUCAAUCUCAAGAGCGGAGAUCUUAUUCAAGCAUGGAUUAAAUACAACGGAAAGAAAAAGUUACUUACAGUAACUAUAUCUCCUCUUGGAAUUCCAAAGCCAAAUCAGCCGUUGAUCCUUUCUGCAAUCGACCUUACACCGUUAAUGAAUGAGUACAUGUAUACUGGCUUCUCUGCGUCAACAGGUGUGCUCUCUGCUUCACAUAACAUACAUGGUUGGAGCUUUAGGAUUGGUGGAAGAGCUGAAGAUUUAGAUCCUUCGAAAGUUCCAAUUUUUAAGAAAUCCAGAAAUGUGGUGGGUCAUAAGAAGGGUUUCAAAGUUGGAAUUGCUUUAGCUUGCAUAACUCUAUUUUUGCUGGUGACCUGCGGUUCGUUUCAGGUGGUGUGGUGGAGGAAGCCUGCUGAUGAGUCCUUAGAAGAGUGGGAAGUUGAGUACGGAGCUCGAAGAUUCAAGUUCUCCGAGCUCCUUGCUGCAACCAGGGAAUUUAGAGAGGAAAACCUUAUAGGCAGUGGAGGAUUCGGAAGCGUUUACAAAGGAAUUAUUCCUAGCACAGGACUUGAGGUGGCAAUUAAAAGGGUGGCGCAAGACUCGAGGCAGGGGAUGAGAGAAUUUGUGGCAGAGAUAAUGACUAUGGGAAGGCUUAGGCAUCGGAACCUAGUUCAGUUGCACGGUUGGUGCAGAAUGAAAGAUGAGCUUCUUCUGGUUUAUGAUCAUAUCCCAAAUGGAAGCCUUGACGAUAUGUUGUUCAGCAAUAACCAGAAGAAAACACUAAACUGGGAACAGAGAUGUCAGAUCCUGAUAGGAGUAGCCCAAGCUUUGUUGUAUCUGCAUGAAGAAUGUGAACAUAAAAUUGUGCACCGCGAUGUAAAGCCGAGCAAUAUCCUCAUAGAUGCAGAUCUCUACCCAAAGCUAGGAGAUUUCGGCCUUGCAAGGAUCUCUGGUCACACCAUCAAUCCUCAAACAACCCAUAUUGUAGGAACUCUCGGGUACCUAGCUCCGGAGCUGACCAAAACUGGGAAAGCUACAACAAGCACGGAUGUGUACGGUUACGGCGCACUUAUGCUGGAAGUGGUUUGCUGUAGAAGACCCAUUGAGCCUCAGAAGAAUGCCCAAGAAUUGGUUUUGGUUGAUUGGGUUAGAGAACUGCAUUCUCGAGGAGAGCUAAUGAGAGCCGUUGAUCCUGCAUUGGAUUUAUAUAACCCGGACGAAGCAAAGCUUGUUCUUGGACUCGGUUUGUUAUGUUUGCAUCCCAACCCAAACUACAGACCUAGCAUGAGAAAGAUAGUGCAAUAUCUCUUAGGGGAUGCUAGUGCUCCUCUUCUGCCCAUUGAUAUUCAACUUGACAUUCAAGGUUUGAUCUCGGAUUUCUCUGAUGGUUAUUAUCAAACUGAAUCUGAACCUUUCUCAAGUCAAUUGACAUCUUCUAAGAGCAUCAGCGGGAUCACAAGCUUGAACGAGGAAAUGAUACCUAACCAUGGAGCCAGAGCAACUUAUUAGAUUACCAGUAUAAACCAAGUCCCACUAUC